GGGCGGCAGCCGCGGGCCCACGCCGUAAACAUACAAGAUGGCGGCGGCGGCGGCGGCGGCGCCUGGGGCCUUGGGCGCCUUGCAGGCCGGCCGCGCUCGCUUGGUGGCCGCUUGCUGUGCGCGGCUCGGCCCCGGGUGGAGGCUGCCCGGCUCCUUGACGGGCCCGCGGGUCGGCCCGGCGAUGUGGGCCCGGGGCUGGGCGCCCGUGGCCGGGGGCUCAGCCCCGCGGAGGGGCUACAGCUCUGAGGUGAAGACGGAGGACGAGCUGCGGGUGCGGUACCUGGAGGAGGAGAACCGAGGAAUUGUGGUGCUUGGAAUAAACAGAGCUUAUGCCAAAAACUCAUUCAGUAAAAAUCUGGUAAAAAUGCUCUCAAAAGCUGUGGAUGCUUUGAAAUCUGAUAAGAAAGUACGGACCAUAAUAGUCAGGAGCGAAGUUCCAGGGAUAUUCUGUGCUGGUGCCGACCUUAAGGAGAGAGUCAAGAUGAAUCCCAGUGAAGUCGGUCCUUUUGUCUCCAAAAUAAGAGCGGUGAUUAAUGAGAUCGCUAAUCUUCCAGUGCCGACGAUUGCAGCCAUAGAUGGACUUGCUCUGGGGGGGGGCCUUGAGCUGGCCCUAGCAUGUGACAUACGUGUAGCAGCUUCCUCUGCGAAAAUGGGCUUGGUUGAAACAAAGUUGGCAAUUAUUCCCGGUGGAGGGGGGACGCAGCGCCUGCCGCGCGCCAUCGGGAUAUCGCUGGCCAAAGAGCUCAUCUUCUCUGCCCGCGUGCUCGAUGGCCAAGAAGCCAAAGCGGUGGGCUUGAUCAGCCACGUUCUAGAACAGAACCAGGAGGGGGACGCCGCGUACCGCAAGGCCUUGGACCUAGCAAGAGAGUUUUUACCUCAGGGACCUGUUGCGAUGAGAGUGGCAAAAUUAGCAAUUAAUCAAGGGAUGGAGGUUGAUUUAGUAACAGGAUUAGCCAUAGAAGAAGCUUGUUAUGCUCAGGUGCAUUCUCCAGGCAGUGAGAGAGCAGGGUGCCCGGCAGGGGGAAUUGAGGUUGCCAAGGACAGCCCAAGACACGGAGCUCGAGCCGUUGGGGCCAGCCCCCAUCGUCCUGUUCCUGCAGCGCGAGGCCAAGAAGACAAGGUGGGCGGGGACCUCAGGAAACACCUUCCAGGGCCUUCUCCUGUCCGCUCCCACCUUGACGGCCCGUGCCGACCACCCCCAGCCUCAAAGGACUUGUGUCACCAGGGCAGCUUUUCGGUGGCAGGGCUCCUUCCAUCUUUCGACCGGUCGGAGCCAAGUUCUGGAGGCAGCCAGCUCCCCUCUGCUCCCCUUCCCUCCACCGCAGACGGCAAGGCCAGCCGCACCCCUGGCCGCGGAGAACGGCACACGGGACGCCUCCAGGCUGCCAGAUCUUCCGAUGCAGAAACAGAUCCUGAACGUAACCUGCCACGAAAUCACACCGCGCAGACAAGAAACACAAAGGGAUCCUUCCCCGGGCCCUCUGACCCUGCUGUCCUUCUUCCCGGGCUCUCCCGGUAGGGGCUGCUUUGUGGAGGGUGUGUUCUGGGACAGGCUUUGGGGACAACGGUCACAGGCGUGCUCCACACGAGGCCGGCUCCCCUGGCAGCAGACGCAGGUGGAAACUCUCGAAAUCCACGCACUGGGCUGGCUUUGCUGUGACCCCUCGUCUGCUCCCAAGGCGGCCACGGAGGGCGUGGGGCCGUUAAUUGACCACGUCGUAGUAAUAAUUGCGUAGACGCAGUUCCACGGCUGCGAAUCCGGGCCUGCUCUCCACCCUGGAAAGGGAAGACGCACAUUAUUGUCCGUCCACGCGCUGUGGCAAAAGCCCCUCCGGCAGGUGGAGUGGAGGUGGCUGCGCCCCCUGCUGGUUCCUCCAGAGCCUGCGCGUCCCUGCUCCCCGCGCCCGGGGACCAGGAGCCCCUGGCGGAAUACAGUCAGGCCCACGUGGCCUGCAGGACCCGAUCCCCAGGUGACUCGUGUCCACCUUCAAGUUGGAGACGUUUUGCACGGGGAGCCGAGAUCUUUCGCCCCCAGUUCAGAGACCUGUGAUCCAGCAAAAUAGGACAUGCCUAAAAAUACUUAGUGGGUCAAUGGGCUGAAGACCUAUAUUUCAAGUUGGACUCAUAAUCUUGCUAAAAAUGGACACAAUUUAAGCUCUCCCCCUGCCCCCAUCGGAUGGCUCUGGGCUUUCUGGGACCGUGGGAUGAUAUGGGUUCAUAUUAAACUCAAAGCCAAAGACGCGGGCACUGACGGUCACAAACCCACAAGGCGAACUUCUCUGUCACUGCUGAGGGUGGGAAAUGACCUCAGUUUGUAACUUCUCCUCUGCUUUCUCCAAUAUGACAAACGUGUAGAGACGCC